AUGGACCUGGCAGCAUCGCAAGGCCAGCUACGGGUGCUGGAGUGGUUGCACGCCCAUCGCCGCGAAGGGUGCACGACGCUGGCCAUGGAUUUAGCUGCCAGGAACGGGCACCUAAACGUUUUGAUCUGGCUGCACGAACAUACCCAAGAAGGGUGUUCGACGGGUGCAAUGAACUUGGCCGCGGGGUUUGGUCACGUGAAAGUCCUCAAGUGGCUCCACACCAAUCGAAGCGAAGGGUGCACCAAGAAAGCCAUACGAGCUGUCGCCAAGCACGGACAUUUGAAAGUCGUGAGGUGGCUCCACCAUGUUAUGCACCUCAAGUGCACGUCGAAAGUGCUGGCCUUGGCGACCAGUGGCGAACACUGGGAUGUGGUCGCGUUUGUGACAAGCAAUCUAUGGGAAAACUGCCACUAUUAG